AUGUCCGACGACUCGCCGCACAAACGGAAACGCUCGCCAGGCGAUACCGGCGACUGCGACCGCGACCCAAAAAAGAUGAAUCUCGGGGAUAGCCGGUCGGGUAUAGAGGACCUGCACCUGGACGUGGGAGAGAAAUACCUUCUUUGCAGAACGCCGCACCCCGAGCCUCGGACAAGGAUAUCCCAAGACCUGUACGAGAUGUGCGGCCUCACCAGCCUCGCCGCCGAGGUAGCGCGAGAGAAGCCAAACGGGGAGAAGAACGCGCUGCGGAAAACGUACAAGGGCCACAUCAAGCGGCUAGGAGUGGCCGGCCACUUCGACGUACAGAAGAAGAAGGAGGACGCGCCGUCAGAGUUCAUGGCCAUCCUCCAGGUGCCGGAGCUGGAGUGGAACGUCCAUCAGGUCAAGGGCCGCGAAAUCUCCGACGGGCUCUCGGCGACGACGCUCUCGAACCUCGGUCGCGCCAUGAACAUGUCCAAGGGGCCCAUUCCGAAGGCGGUUUGGGACUCGUCGGUAUUGGGGGACCUGGCACCGUCCGGCGGCGGCGGCAACGCGUCAAAGCCGAUCUCAGCGAAGCCCUCGGCCCCGGGCACACCGCUGGUAUCGACGCCCAAUACCCUGGCCCGGCCCAAGCCCCCGAUCCUUGCUGGGCACGAUCCCAACCGACCGCGGAGGAACGUCAAGAAGCGCUCAUACGGCGAUAGCAGCUUUGAGGGCUACGGCGAAGGGUACCCCGACGACGACGGCGGCAUGGACACCGGUUACUCUACGGGAGAAGGUGAGGGCAGCCAAAAACGUCGGAAAAAAGUAGGUUAUGACAGCACAAAUGGCAACGAGUCACUAUCGUCUGACAUGGCCUUGAAGAACACGGCAGCUUCGCCGCCUAAUGCACUCAUGCGACAACAGAGCUACGGCCCGGGCAUGGUCGGCGCUUAA